UUACCAAGGCGCAGUAGUACGCAUCAAAAUUUGAGUGACCACCUAAGACCUGAAUGCUCACCUUAAGAUGUGAAGGACGUUCAGAAAGAUCGUACCUAACGCCAUCGAUCGUCACCUGCCGCGAGGCCGCGUUCGUCUUGCGCGCGCCACGAGAAGCAGAAAGAAGAACGCUGUGCUCGAACCUCGACUGCAACGCGGCGUUAACAUGGCGGCUGCUUCGCAACCUGCCGGCACAAGCGGCUCCGUUCCGGUUGAACAGGGCAAGCCACCGACCCCAGAAGAAAAGGAAGCUAAGCACAAUGGAAAGCCAGGCAGAAAUGCUGCAGACAAAGAACCAGAGUUGGAAGACGUCGAAAAAAUGAUCGAGGAAAGGGCGGAGGUGAAGACUGCUGCCACAGUAUACUUCAGUACCGAAUCUAUGAAAAAGCCCGGAACAAAGCACAAAGUGAUUAAUAAAAUAGCACCGUUCCCUACUGCCCCGUCUCCUUCACCACGAGGACAAAUGUCACCAAUGUCACGGAACUCGCCAAUUUCACGGGCCUCACCUAUGCCAGUUGCCUCACCGAAGAUAUCACCGGGAGGACAAGGAACACCGAUUUCAGUGCGUGCUCCUCGGCCGUAUCGCCAGCAGCUGCUCAUCGCUGCAGUCGUACUGCUCGUCAUUGCUGGAGCCGCUGUCGUAUCCCUCACCGUGUGGACCACCAUCGUGCCUUCUUACAAAGUCAACUACGCUUGCAAGACUCCUAUAUGUGAAAGGGUGAUGAAACAGCUUUCGGAGUACGCCAAUUCCACGGUGAAACCGUGCGACGACUUUUACUCGCACGUGUGCGGCCACUGGUUGCGAAUGACCGAGGGGAGCACGUUCAUGAGGGACGCCAAGAAGCAGUUCACACACAAACGCCACGCGCUGCUCACCUCCCCGUUCAAAUCGAGUGAACCCAACAGCGAGGUGCUUGAGACGGCGCAAGCGUUCUACAUGUCUUGCCUGGCCAUGUUCGGCGAGUCGGUGGAGCUCAAGACGGCACUCAACGAGCUUUACUCGGCGUUAAAUGUGUCCGUAAAGAAAUGGCUAGCCGAAACCCGGUGGCAGAGGUUCUUCUCCGACUGCUUCGACCUGUCGCUCAAGAAUCGCUUUCACAACCUCUUCAAGGUCAAUCGCUACUCUGCGGCCGAGGGUCCCUACUUCUCUGUGCUCCCCGGUCGCAGCUUCUACCGGCAGAUGCAGCACAGUGAACCUGUCAUCCGGACGAAAGAGUACAUGCGACGAGUGCUAGAGAAAAUCGGAGAGACGGCGCCCUCCCACAAAGUGAUUGAAGAGGUUAUCACACUGGACAGCGCUUGGCAAACGCGGGGCGCCAUGAAAGGCGCGCCGACGUCACCGGCGCGCGUCGCCGACGUGUCGUGCGGACCAUUCACGGCCGACGCGUGGGGAGAGAAGUUCGCUGAGCACGGCGCCUCCAACGACACUGCCGUACGCACAGCGAAAUUCAGCCUCACUUGCGCGUUCAUGGAGCACGUUCUCUUGAACUCGAGCUCGCAGGCCAGACCCCUGUACUUGCUGACGCUUCUGGCGGCUCACGUGUUGACCUACGACUUCCAGCUCUCGAUAUCGAGGUCUACGCAGGCGGUGAUGGGCAUUUGCCAGCGUGUAGCGGGGCAUGUCUUCAAGGAGAUGUGGGUGCACGCGCUCUCCCAGAUGCUCUCCCUGAAGAGGCCCUACGUGCGAGACAUCAGGAACUACAGCGACUUCGCCCCACGACUGCGGCGGGUCAUCUCCGAGCGUGACUGGAUGAGUGCCGAAGACCGCGAGGCGUGCUUAGAGCGAGUGGAGGGGUUCCACGUGACCGUCUUUCCGGACAGCGUGAUGAGCAUCCAGCAGUUGGAGUGCAGUCGCUUCGGGCAGGGCGACAGGAGCAUCAGCCGCUUCAUCCUGAGCAGCACGUUCAUCAAGAACUUUGUGCACGUCCUCAAGGUCCACUUGAGCCCGUCCUGUCUUUACAGUCCGCGCACGUCGAUGCCACGUAGAAAUCUAGAUGCUUUCCUUGGCACCGACAUCAUGCUCGACUUGGCAAAGAAGACGGUCAUCGUCCCGCAGUUUCUGGGCGUGGAGCCACUGUUUUACGUGGGAGAUGUGGAUAGAUUCAUCAACAUCGCCACUGUGACCACGCUGGUGGCCAGCCUGGGAGCGACCAUAGCCAAGCGCCCACUCAAAGCCUCGGACGUCAGUGGUGUGAGUGAGUCCACCGAGGGGCAGUGGAGCGAUGCGACGUCCGGAAAAUACGAUGACAUCUCACGUUGCCUCGCAGCAAAGUAUAAACUACCUGGUGACAAGUCGCGCAACGAGACCAAGUUGGACGACGUUUUUGCGAUCACGGAUGGCAUAAGGGUCGCCAAAAUUACGAAGGACGAGUUUGAUGAGGAAGACGCAGAAACGAACGAGAGGCACCUAACUGCCACCGACGCGCUGUUCUUUAAGCGCGCUUGCUUGUCACUUUGUGCGUCCGACAAGGUAGAUGUGGACGUCACAGAGCACAGCUUCUCCAAAGCCUCCGCGGCAUGCAACUACGGCGUCGGCAGGAUGCGAGAAUUCCACAGUGCAUUUGGAUGCAACGAGAAAGAUCGAAUGUGGACCAUAAUGCAGUGCUUUGACCGAUACACAGAAAAAGAAGAGGAUCUUCGUUAACUUAUGCAUGGUCAUAUUUUGCCAUCUUAAUCGUCGUUACUAAUUAGUGUACGUUUGAUUUCCUUUGUAUUAUAAGCGUCGGGAUUAUCUACUAAGCUAAACCUUGUUUUCUCUUCAGUAUUCCCUUUUGAUGCUUUGCAACAAAGUUACCCUCUGCGCGCUAAAGUGCAAGAGCGCGUUUUUGCUAAUGUGACGUCUUCCCGAUACAUUGUGUAAUUAUCAGAAGCUGAUAUGUGUGACUAAUUCAUAUCAAAGACGAUGUUGGUGAACACGACUGUAUUAUGUCGAACAUGACACCAAGUUGCUUUAUUUCUUAGCUCUGUGUUGUGGCUCACUGAAACUGCUACGAUACGCACAGCUUCUUAAAUAUGAGACAAAUAAUUUUGCUCGAAUUGACACUUCAUGAAACGUGGACGUGACUUGAAGUCGGGUGUCAUUUUGUGCAUUGAGAUAUUAUAGCCCUAAAGACUUCAUUGCUGCAAACGUCACAUGUUGAAAUUGUAUUGUACAGUGGUUUAAUGUAUUCCUUUGGGUAAAAUUGCAAGGAAAUACUCGUGGAGAAAGUCUAGUGCGUUGCCAGUAUCAGUGCUCUAGGGAGUGAACACCUUGAUUAGGCUACUACGGACUUUACAGUUGAAUUUUGAAUAAAAUGUGUGAAUUGCCAUUGCAUUUAAAAUUCUAUAAAAAUUCCGUGAAAUACCGCAGCCAGAACAAAAGCCCUAAGUAGAAUAUAAAGAAUGUACCUUGUCGUUAUUUACAUCAGCAAUGAACUCAAUGCUUGAAAUUGUCGAUUGCACACCUAACAAAGUGAUACGGUAUUUCCGCAAUUACGACAUAGAGCUAUGUAGAACACGCGUCAUAUUGUUUACUCCAACUCUAUAGAACAACGCGGUGAAAUAUUACGCAGUUUUAUAUUUGGCGGA